UGCCAGCCCAGGAUCCCGGUGCCGGUGCCGGGCAGCGGCAGCAGCAGGCGGCGCUGCGCCCUUUCCCCGGUACCGGGCCCGCCGGGCUCCGCUCGGCUCCGCGCCCGCCGCCCCCGCCCAGCCCUCGCUGCCGCCCGGCGAUGCCCGCGGCCCCCGGCGGAGGCGGCGYUGACCCGGAGGAGCGGAGCGAGCGGCUCCCGGCCAUGGGCAGCGUCGGCCCCCGCUCGCACCGAGGCCACCGUCAGAUGCGCUGAUGUCUGCUCCUUGCAGAGCCCUGACCCUCCUGAGCCUUGCAGAUCCCUGCACACGUGUGAGGGUGGAUCCCCAGUCAAAGAAUGAGUGAGAGAGAUACACAGAGCCUGAGCAAAUGGAUUUUGGUGCUCAGCCUGUGCCUGACCACGCUGUGGGGACGACUGACCCUGGCCUCCACACAUCACCACAGAAGCCAUUCAGUGCACGUAGAGCCUGGCACCUGCGAGGUCAUCGCAGCUCACCGGUGCUGCAACAAGAACAAGAUUGAGGAGCGCUCCCAGACAGUGAAAUGCUCCUGCUUGCCAGGGCAGGUGGCAGGGACAACACGGGCAGCUCCCUCCUGCGUGGACGCCUCCAUCGUGCUGCAGAAAUGGUGGUGCCAGAUGGAACCUUGUCUCGAUGGGGAGGAAUGCAAAGUGCUGCCUGACCUUUCUGGAUGGAGCUGCAGCAGUGGCAACAAAGUGAAGACGACCAAGGUCACUCGAUAGCCUCGGAGCAGUGCAGCCCUGGCUGAGCCUUGGCGUGGCUCAAAGUUCGAUGUGGCCCAGAGCCAGCAGAGAUGGGACGCUCCAGAGCUGCAUGGGAUGCUGUCCUGCAGCCCAGCAGGACUGGGACAGGUACUGGGUCAGAGCAUCCACUGAGCUCCAGCUUCCCCAGAGGCUGCAGCAGGGACCCCAGUGCAGCUGCAGACYCCUGUCCCUCCACAGUUUCAUCCUUUUCUGUGGUCACGUUCACCAAAAAACGGGCUCCUACUCCAAUCCUCCAACCGUGUAAGAGCUGCUGACCACAGAGACAGACAUGCAGCAGGCCCCCAAAACGGGCUUUAAUCUGAGUAUCUGAAAUCAUUGCUGCAAGUCCCCUUUCCUUAUCUCCCAAGAUGCUGAAUCCAAGUUGCUGUCAGGAAUUGGGACRUCAAUGGUUUUGUGAAACCCUUGGGAUGGGCUCUUGGCUCCAGGGGUUYCUAGGAGCAGCCACUGAGCUCCAGCCUGAUCCUGAGUCACUGGCUCCCACAUGGAACUCGUUAUUGAGAUGUUUUUGUAAUGGGGUAUGUGCUACCCUCUCCAGAUGUAAAUAACAGACUGUGAAAUAAUAAAUUCAUUUUAA